AUGUCUGAUGACAUGUUUCUGUUUAUUCCUGAAGUGGUGGUUCAAGAAUUGGAUGGUCUCAAAUUUAAUCAUUCCAAGGACACUUUAAUACAUGACGAUGCGCUUGAACGGAUUAAACUAUCGCUUGGUGAUUGUGCUAGACAAGCUAUUCAGUUUUUAUUCAACUCUCUCUCUGACUUUUCAAACAAUAAAGUUCGUGGUCAAGUCAAGUCGAAUGUCUCGACUUUGUAUGGUUCUGAUAUUGUCAAUGACGAUCUUAUCUUACAAUGUUGCUUGCAAUGCGUUCCAGAAACUGCAUCCAAAGUAGUUUUGUUGUCCAAUGAUAAGAAUUUAUGUGUCAAGGCAUUGAUACAUGGCAUUCCUACAAUUUCUGAUUUUAAAGGAAACUCGCAAGCAUUGGUAAACGAGAUUCAGCAUCAGGCAUCGAAAUACAAGCAACAGUCUAAAACUAAUCUUUCAAAUCACAACUCUCAUUCAUCUUUGAAUCAAACAUCCAUUCAACAGCAUACCACAUCUAUACACUCGACUCAUCUCCAUGCAUUCUCGAUCGAACCUUCAAACCACAUGCAACAGGAUCAAACACACAUGAUGGAUGAAGAUGUAAUGAUGGACAUGGAUGAUAUGGAAACAGAACCCAUUGUUGUAUCAUCACAUGUAGCAGAUCUUAAAACUUAUCCGGUUCCUGCGUCUAUAUCUUCAGCACUCAUUCACACUGAGCAAAAAACACUCUUGGCAUUAGCUCAGUUAGAGACGGAUUGGAUGGCGUGUAUGAUGGCAUGCAUCCCUGUAAUACUUUAUAAGAAAUAUGGAGAUGAAUGGGCAGUCAUUUCCCAAGUCACACCCCCAAAGGAGAUGGAACAAGUGAUUCAACUCAUAGAUAAGUUGUGGGAACAAGUAUUUUGUUCCGUGCUGGAUCGAAAUCUAUUCAAACAAUUAGGACUCAAUCAACGAACUGCAAAAGAUAUUCGACGUAGUGUAAGAACGAACAAGCUGUUACUGACUCGAGGGGAUCUGACAGUGUUUUUACAAGACAUGGAACAGAUUGCAAGAGAGUGCUGUAGAUGGUGUGGACUAACCGAGGAUAUGGAGCGAAUGAAACAGUUGAUUUGGAACAUCAAGAUUAUUGUUGUGGACUCGACAUGA